GCUCAAAGCUGGCUUUUCUGUGUGUCACUGUUUGUUUGUGUCGUUCUGAGAAAAAAGGGAAGGAUCUUAGAAGUGGAUUUUGAUGGCGAUGGUGUGGUUUUAGUUGAUUCGGAUUUGUGGUUGUUGAAGAUAUGUCGGCAGUCGGUGAAGCUACAUCAAGACGAGGCGAUACUUCCCCCACUAAUCCAGGUAACUGGGUGACAACUGAAGCUUUUGGUUCAGUUUGUAUAGAUGCAACUUCAGUCCUUACAGCUAAUGUCCCAUGUUUAGCACUGUCGGUCUCUUUACUUAACCACUAGAUGACGUUUCAUUUUAUGUGAUUGGUCCCUGUGCUAUUUUGGGACCAAAUUUUGAACGGGGAUUAACAAUGUCGUGCAACGCUGACUGGGUGUUAUCUCCUGGAAUGUUUGCGAAGUUAUCCCCGCUCUACAGCUUACCCUUAACUUGUUUAGGCGAGUUGUGCCUUUCUGAUAUACCAGUCUAUGUCAAUCUGGAAAAAUGCGGUCACUGACUGCCUCUGAAUUGACUACUCUGAGUGAUUACUGUGAACUCCCUUCCACAGUUGACCGAGCAACGGAUCUGUUAAGGAUGCUUCUUCUUGAAGCUGUUACAUCCAAAGGAGGCAGUGUCGAUCCAGGAGACAGAUUAGUAAAUGCUUCAUCCAAUGGUAACCUUCAGGAGGUCCGUGAAAUUCUUGAAGCACAUCCUGGCAAGGUAUUCUUCUGCGUCUAA